AUGACGCUUGAACCAGGUCGCCGCCCAGUCUCCCCAGUAAGCUCUGGGAGAUCAUCACCAGUACCACGGGUACUGCGCAGAGAAGCGGAAGAGGGAUUGUACAAGAAAGAUAAGAACCUGCGUCGAUAUGCGCAAGGUAUCGAACGUGCACUGUCCUUCUUCGAGACGCCUCAGCAAGAGUGGGCCGACUACAUCUCAUUUCUCGCACGCCUCUUGAAGGCAGUUCAAUCGUAUACUGGUGAAGUCGAUGCCAUUCCGUACAGCCCGACUAUUGCAACGCGUCUCGCACAAUGUAUGAACCCAACGCUGCCAUCUGGUGUGCAUCAGAAAGCACUGGACGUAUACAACCAGAUCUUCGAGAUCUUAGGGAGCAGCCCCAAACUCACAUGUCACCAGAAAGACUCACUAAGUCGAGACCUCAACCUCUAUUUCCCGGGCUUGGCCGCCUUGCCAUCGUUUGCUUCACUCACUGUCAGACCUCUAUUCAUAUCUCUCGUCGAGUCCCAUAUCCUCACUCUGAAUCCCGAGGCUCUUCGACCGGCCCUUAAGUCUAUCAUACUCUGUCUAUUGCCUGGACUGGAAGAAGAGACAAGUGACGAUUUCGAGCGGAUUCUUAAAGUUCUAGACCACCUGGGUUCUGCUGUAAAGUUACAGAAAGAGACAGAUGCGGCUGAAGAGGAGGCCAAGGAUCCUUAUUUCUGGCAAUGUUUUUUCCUUGCCGUGAUCACGAAUCCUCCCCGGAGACAUGGUGCUUUAGCAUAUCUCAACCGAUAUCUACCGAAAUUCGACUUGCCAGGGUCUAAGGGAUCCAAGGUCCCUACUGCAAAUGGUGCGAUCGCCAUGCCACUGGAAGCCCAGGCAGCGGUCACUCCGGAGCCUGGGCUAAUGAUUCGAUGUUUCGCUGCAGGUUUAACAGACGAUCAAAUACUCAUUCAGAGAGGCUUCUUGGAUCUUCUUGUGUCCAAGCUGCCGCUUGAUUCCCCGGUUAUACAAAAAAGUGGAAACAGGACGACCAAAGACCAGACAGAUCUAGAGCUCUUGGUUUCCGCUGCUGUUGGAGUCGUCACACGUCGAGAUAUGAGUCUGAACCGACGGCUAUGGUCAUGGUUCCUGGGGCCAGAACCAACACAGGGAAGUGAGGAAGUCAGUGAGAUUGACGCUAAUCAGGUCUCGUCUCAGACUGCAGUAUACUUCGAAGCGUAUGGGCUUGAGCCACUUACGCAAAGUAUUCUUGCCAUGGUCAAGAAAGAUUCGGCAUUGCCAUCCGUACGCGCGAGACCUUUUCGCAUAUGCUUGUCGCUUAUGGAUCGCUGGGAGGUGGGUGGUCUUGUCGUGCCGAAGAUAUUCAUCCCUGCCUUACAGAGCGUAGAGCGAUAUAGCCAUAUUGCAAGUAAAGACGAUGUCGACGAAGUCAUGCGAAGUGCGAGUUUGUUCUUUGACGGCGUUGAAAGUGGACUCAUUUGGAGUAAAUUUCUUGAGUUACUGGUUCUCACGCUGAGGACCGACUCAUCUGCAGGCGACGAAGCUAGUCAGAAACUCAAACUCGCCCGUUUUAUCCUCAGCCGCUUCAACGUUCGCGAAGAAGAGAUGAUCCUCCAUCACAUGCCUCUCAUCAUAAUUGCUGUGUUGAUAUUGGUCAUCCAAUACAUCGGUCAAGGCAUAGAAAGUCGGUUCUACAAUUCAGAAGUGUCAAUUAAGGUCCUUGAAUUUGCAGAAUGGCUAGUACAGCAUCUGCCAGACAGAGCAUUACGAUCACAUACGCAAGAACGAACGAAGCCUACGUCUGUGCGAACCACGAAAGAUAUCUUUAACGCGAUUAGCAAAUUUUAUUUCGACCCUGAACUACAAGGAAAUUUGGACGUUCAGAAUACCCCUCUUUCUAUCGACGAACUCGCACAUCACUCAACUUCCUUGGCCGGCACAUUGUUCUCCUCUUUUCUAUCAGAUGAUCGCUCUGGAGACAUGCUUGAAACGACGUCGAAAAUUCUCUCUACCCUGCUUCAGAAGUCACAAAAAUUUGAGGGUUUGAACAGUAUGAACUUACUGGCUAAUCUUCAUAAGGCCCUUGAGUCGAUCAACACCUCACCACUCGACUCGAACAUGCCAUAUAAAUCUGUCUUGGCGAUGACCACUGUCCUGAUCCCGCUCCAAUCUGCUAGUCCGACGAAACCAUUCAUUGACGAUGCGCAUUUCCCUGAUUUGCUUCAGCCCAUGGUCAAGCUCCUAUGGCACUAUCUUUCUCCAUGUACACCUAAAUACCACGUCGAGUGUGUGAGAUGUCUUUGGCAACUCCACACCUUAUCAUCCUCGAGUAGAAUAGUUGAAGCGUCUAUUACUGCAUUGAUGGCUCCUGACGUAUCAGGCUCGCCGAAAGAGGGUUCUUCUGAAGCUGGAAGGCGCUUUACCAUCAUCUGGACUCAUUUUAUCAAUGAGCGAAGUCAGAAGCAUGUUGAAAGAGGAAGCCGCCCCGUCUCAAGAUCGAACAGCUCGGUCGGUGUCGAUUGCACGACGCUGAACAGCCUUGGCAUCCAAGCCGUUCUCACAAGACCCUUAUUUCGAAUACUAGAUGCUCUUGACGAAAACGGUUCAGAGCUUCAGCUUUUUGUCAAAAACUGGCUUCAGGAUCUACCAAGCUUGAACAAGGUGUUCGACAUCAUAUGUGCACAUUUGCGUUCCCUCAAUACUCUAAAGAGGAAAAGUACAAAUCUACAGUCAACGCCAGUCUCGCAGGGGUUACAAACCGGAACAGCUGUCGUUACAGACAUAAAGGAAUGCUUGUAUCAGCUGAGGCUGAUUCACGGCAUUCUUGGUCUGUCCUCGAGUAGGAUAUGGAGAACUCUCAAUGACGAGAAAGUUCCACCAUUAGACACUACGCAUGCGAAUGCCGAGGUGGUGACACUGCAAGUCUUCAUUGUUCAAGCCGCCAUGAGAGCUCUUGCCGUCUCCCCGCCACGGAAGGCCGCGGGUGCUGUGUAUCUCACGAGUGAACUCCAUCGCACCUCUAUGGCCGUGCUUCAGCAGGUCCUUAGAGGUCCUUAUGCUGCUCCUUUGAGGGAGUUCGAAUUGGAGAUACCUUUGAUGUCACUCGUGCGGAUAUCCCCACCUGCGCUACAAUCGAUGAUCCUGCACACUAUAGUUUCUGCUUUGAAGCUUCGUAGUUUGAAGCCAGAGUCAGUGACAGAAGACCAAGGAAGAAAAGCAUCGCGAGAUCUCUCCAGUACAUUAAGGCGUCUAUCAGUAUCUCAGGAUCGUAGUGAACCAACUGUGUCAUCGACACCACCGCCUCAGCUCAUUGAGUGUCUGAAAUUGGGAUUCGCGUCGCCUUCGAGUCGUUUGAUACUUGAUGACUGGGUGCGAUUCCUUGCCGAAGUUCUCCCAAUGUUCGAAGACACCAUGUAUCAAAACCUUUUACCGCUGGUAGAGAGCUUCUGUGGUCAGAUCGAGGAAGUCUUCGCCCAGCUGCGGACUACUUAUAAGAAUUCGCAACACACCUCACAGGUAUCACCAGAUACAACAAUCAUAUCUCUCUUAGAUGGGCUCGAGCAAAUUCUCGAGAAGGCCCAUAGCCGACUGACAGACGAGGAGUCUCGCCCCGCCACAGCGAAGAGUCCCGAGAUGCAACAAGGGUUCUUUGGCAGCGUUGCCGGGGUCUUCUCUUCCGACUCUACACCACAAGCUAGAUCAUCUGUUGCGAACAGUCGGCUCACGGUGAUUCUCUGCUUCCAAGACACUGUACGUCUCUGUUUUUCGAUAUGGUCAUGGAACGGGUAUAGCUACGGUGAAGGCAAACCUGAUCCCGGGUCUUAUGCCAGCUUUUUGUACGCCUCACUCAGGCUAAGGAAUCGAGCCAGAAGGAUUCUCGAGCAUCUGUUUGCAGCCGAGGGCUUAGAGUCUCUUGAGACUCUAGCUGUUGUGUGGUGCCAGUCAUCUCGCACAGAAACACGUGCUGAGGCAGUACUUGGUUUGUUGAACGUUCUAAAUGGAGCAAAACCGAAGCACACCAUACCAGCAAUCUUCAAUGCUAUUUACAGCCGGACGAGUCCUGGAGCCCUUGAGUUUUCCAGAACCUCCUCUCUGUCCUCUGAACUCUCCGAUACGGAUCUUGUGGCAUUUCUUGUCGAGUAUACAAGAUCCCUGGAAGAUGAUGCGAUGGACGAAAUCUGGCCAGAUUGUACGACUUUCUUGAAGGAUCUCUUGACAAAUCCUAUGCCUCAUCGACAGAUACUGCCGUUGCUACUCGAAUGGGUUGCUCUCCUCGCGCAGAAGGUGGACAACACAAACUUCGGUGAACAAAAGAAGAUGAGGAAAGAGCUUGGGGAACUUUUCACGCGCCUCCUAGCGGCUACAUUUACUACGCGGCCCCAGAGUUUCUUGCAGGAUCUAUCGCAGAUGGGUGUGCAAGACAAAGAUACAGAGUCCGCAGCAAACAUUCGUACGAAAAGAGCUACAGAUGUCGUUGCAAUUCUUGCAGAUAUCGUCCCUGACUUCUCCAUCAUCUUGCUGGACAAUGAUCGUAUCAUGAAUGUCGCCACGGCAAUAUCCACAAAUCUCGUCGGACCCGCGGUUCGCGCGAAGUCAUUUCCCUCGAACAUUUCCAGCACGAUGUUGAAUCUAACUCACCGACUUUCGAGAGUCGCCACUUCUUCGAAAGCCCUCAAAAAAGAUAUAACAGAUGCAUUCAACGACGCCCGAUUUUUUUCUUUCUCUGAAACUGUGAUGAAGAAUCACUGGCUUGAAAUUCUCAGACAGUGGUCAUUCACCGAUAAAGAACGGAUGCCUGAGCUGCUUUCUCGUAUCUCAGCUCCUGCAACUGCUGGUAUCAUGUUUGGCGUUGGAGCUGCUUCAGCUCGUCUCGAGGCUGAUCGCAAGACUCAGUUCAAUCUUCGUCGCAUCGCACUCCUCAUACUCUCGAGUGUAGAUGACAACUUUGUCCCCAUUCUACCAAUUCUACAAGAUCGGAUUGUAGAUUUACUUGCAGCGACGCCAUCAUCUUCUCCAUCAUCUGCUACUCGUGCUGAAAUCUUCAUGGUUCUCCGCGCUCUCGUCCUUAAGACUUCCGCUAUCUCCUUAGCUUCUCUCUGGCCUGUGAUAAAUUCCGAGCUGACAGCCUCCAUAUCUGCCGUUGUCCCAGAUGACGAAAGUCAUGAUAGAUACAACAAUCACUCUAUCCUCAUGGCCUGCAAACUCCUUGACACUCUAGUUAUACUGGAUCCCGAGGACUUCCAGCUUCACGAAUGGUUGUAUAUUACUGACACCAUUGACGGCCGCUACGGUCCCGCAGACUCUGCUCCGACCGCUCUUGUUGAAGCCGUUGCGGAUACUCUUGCUGAUACAACAUCCUACGCACCACUCUCAGAAUCUCAUGAUGAUGACUUGGACAAAGAACCAAUUCUAGGUCAGUCUAAGCUCGAGGCGAUCCUGAACAGCGUCAAAGCCGAUGCGAAGAUGAAUGGACUUGCGGGAACUGAAACAGAUGUGACUACACUCUCUAGGGAGGAAUUCACAGCGAGGGUGCUGAGACCAUUCUUUGGUGAAUUGAGUCUAUGGGCUUUUGAUCAGAGAUAUGCGAUGAGAUCGAGCGAGAAAGAAAGGAUGGUGGAUGGAUUGAUUGCGGAUUUGUGUGGCGGUGGCAUCGUUGGGGGUGAAUAG